AUGGCAAGGGUAAAACAAGUGGCUACCAAACCUCAAAAAUUCAUGGGUGAUGCUAUGAAAGCUGCUGGCAGUUCCAAAAAGGAAAGAGAAGAAGGAACUGAAGUUGAGAACAAUAAUGAAGAAACAGAGACAGUGGCACAACGAGCAAGAAAAAGAAAGGGAAAGGGUAUUGUUGGGUCAGAGCCUUCUGAGAAAAAGAAGAAAAUGGAGAAGUCCCCUGCUUCGAAAUCUUUUGUGCAACAAAAUAUUUUUGAGCCAAGGUACAUUAAAUGGGAUUCAUUUUCUGACUUGCCAUAUGAAUUUGAAGAUUUAUUUACUUUUCAAGGCUGGAUGGAAUUUUCUGAGUUGAAUGAAUAUUAUUAUCCUUAUUUGAUUCAAGAAUUUUAUGGAAGUAUGAAAGAAGUUGUUAAAGGAGAAAGUUUUAGUAUGAGAGUUAAGAAGAAAAGUCAGAUUGUUGAUGUUGAUUUCUUAGCCUCUAUUUUAAACCUACCAAAUGAUGGAAAUAGGAUUGGAACCUUCAAAGAUUCUAGGAAGCUUGAAGGAUAUGAUGAGAAGGCAUUUCAAUUAUCAAUUUUUCCGGAGGGUAUACCUGAAAAUGAAAUGACCAAUAUCAAUUUAGUGCCUCAAAAUUUUAGAAUUCUACAAUCCUUUAUUCGAUAUUUGCUCAAUCCUAGAAGUGGUAGUCACUCAUAUGCAAAUAGCCUUGAUUUAUGCAUUAUGUGGCACUUGGUUAACAAAAUCAUAUUUAAUUUGCCAUUUUUGAUUUUUAAAGUGAUUGAUAAGUCUAGUAAGCAUAGAAGGUUGCCAUAUGCUAUGCCUUUGACUCUUAUAUUUCAAGCUAUGGGAGUUGAUUUGAGCAAAGAAAAGAAGUUUAGCAAUCCUAUCCCCAUUAAGGAGAUAUUCAAGGCUGAUGAUGGUAGGAAAAGGAGUAAGAAAGAAGAGAAAAAGCAAGAAGAAGAGACUGAGAUUGAGAUUGAAUCUAAAUCUGAGUCAAAUUCUGAAACAGAAUCGGACAUCCCAAUAAGCAAAUUGAAAGAGAGAAGUUCUAAGAUAGGUGAAGGGGAAAGUUCUAAGAAGAAGGAGAAAAUGAAGCUGAAAAUGUCAGAUUUUGUGAAAAUAAGUAAAGCAAAUCUGGACAUGAUGAAGGAAAUCAAAGAAAUGAGUGGACUGACCUUGAGUAUUUUAGAAAAAUCUCAUGAAUUGCAUAAAGGAAUUAUCGCUGAGCAAAAUGCAAAGAUGGAUAUGUUGAUUAAUAGAUUGGAUAGACAAUAA